UCUCCGCUUUUGUUUUCAUUUGGGAUUGUCUUGUCGUAAAAGAUGACGGAAGUUGUGACACUUUCUGUAUAUGAAAUAAAUGUAAUACAACUUUCUCCAGUUAGUUUACUAGUUAAUCUUUAGAAUGAGAAACAGCUGAUGGGAUCAUGUUAAAUCUUCAUCUGUUCAAACUACUGAAGAAUUUUAAUGUUUUUCUUGCUUUGUUCUGUUUCAAUCUAUGCAUGGACGAUGUGAAUGAUUAUGUGAGGGAUGAAAUGAUGACAGGAGUGACUGAGAGAGAUUUCAUCAUUCUUCACAAUGAUUUUAAUGAAACGCAACAAGAUCAUGUGCUGUGGAUGUUCGGAUCUCCAAACAUUCACACUCCUGAAGUCUAUGAAAGGAUCAUCUCGACCUCGGACAGUUACGAGAGGUUUAAAGACAAGCAGAGCAGAUCACACAUUAUCUGGAGCUUCAGCGACACAUAUGCAGCCAAUCAAACUCGAUUACAAAUCUUUUCCAGAACGUGUUCACCGGUUGAAAUGAAUGUUUCAGUGAUGGAGGGAGAAUCGGUGACAUUUUGCCCUGAUGCUUCUGAACUACAGAGCGGUGAUCUGAUACGAUGGAAGUCUGAAGAUCAUCUUUGUAUAGCUAAUUAUAAGGAAAAUAAAAUGAUUACAUGUGAUGGUGAAGAGGGAUUCGGAGACAGAUUUCAGCUGGAUAGUCAGACCGGAUCUCUCACCAUCCGGAACAUCAGCAUUAAAGACACUGGAUGUUAUAAAUUUAUCAUCAUCAGAAAUGGAAUCAUACAACAUAAAACAUUCAAGUCUCAUUGUGUUAAAGUCAAUAGUUCUUUACCUGUUCCUGUCAUCAGCAGUAACUCUUCACAAUGUUCUUCAUCAUCAUCAAGUCAGAAAUGUUCACUGGUGUGUUCAGUGGUGAAUGUGAAUCAUGUGACUCUCUCCUGGUACAAAGGAAACAGUUUAUUGUCCAGCAUCAGUGUGUCUGAUCUCAGCAUCAGUCUCUCUCUACCUCUGGAGGUGGAAUAUCAGGAUAAAAACACCUACAGCUGUGUGAUCAACAAUACCCUCGGCAACCAGAUCAAACCUCUGAACAACAUCAGUGAACUCUGUCACACAUGUCCAGAACAGAACCAGCGUUCACAUGUCAAAGUGCAGAAAGUUCCUGUUGGUGUAGUGCUGCUGAUGCUGCCGGUGUUUGCAGGUGUUGCAUUUGUUUGCUACUGUUUCAAAAAGUGUAAACAAGCAGGAGAAGAUGUUAAUAUUCAAGGGGAAGAGAUUAUACUGAACCCACAUUCUGUACACAUCAGUUAAGUAUGGUAAGAUAUAUUUUGUUACUGUGCAGUUUUUGUACAUGUUUACUCACUCAGCUUCUUAAAAUUCCCUCUGUAGUUGCAUGCAACUGUUUUCCCCCCUCUUCAGUAUUAAUGUAAAUUGAGCUUUUAUUUUAAAUAAACAUGAACAUCUGUCCCUUGUGUUGGAACCUACACUGUAAAAAAUUAUGUGAUCAAUAAGUUAUGACAACAACAUAUGUUUUUCAUGGCUUUAACUCAAAAUAAAAUUUAAGUUUUUAAAGCAAUUUAAGCAAUUUUCAACUUUUAAAGUUAUACAAGAUUCAGCUCCUUUUUUAAGGUAAUAAAAAUGCCAUUUUUAAAUGGAAUUUAAGUUGAAAUAACAAACAUUCAAGUUGAUUGUACUUGAUUUAACGCGCCAAUGUUUUUUCUUUAAUCAAUUCUGAUUGUUCUUUUCCUGCAGGAUGUUGUUGCAGUAGAUCAGUGUACUCAAGUGUUAAGACAUGAAUUUAGCAUCCAAAAAUUUGUUAACUUAUUGUUAUAUUGUGGGACGAUGCAAUAAGAUCUGGCAAUUUCCCAGCUGCUGGCAGUUGUACUUCUUUUGCAUAUUCAAUUUUCUCUUGUUUUAUAUUCAUUGAGUUUGUGUAGUUUGUUGUGUUUACUUUUCUUUUGGUUUUUAUGUUUUUUAAGCUUUUACCUACCCAUUAAGUUUUUCUUCAACUAAUUUUGUAAAAUAAAAAAUAAGAAUGCUUAAAAUGACCUUCUACCUUGCAGGUCUGUAUAUUCCUUCCCUUCCUCUGUGGUCAUUAGAUGUUUCCAUCCACCAAUUUUUAUGCAAAAUGUGGGAUAUCAAAAAUGCUGGAUGUAAAUGCCAAGAUGAGUAUAAAUUGCAAAAAAUUGUCAUUUGCAUGUUUUAAUAAAAUGUUACUUAAUAAUAGGCUUGCACAUGUAACUGCAUGUUGUCAGACUCCUGGGUAAUCUUCUGAAAACUUCAGUAAAAAUAAAAAUACAUAAAUAUUCAAGAAUUGUAUUUUAUUUACUUAUUUAUGUAUAAUUGUAUUUUUUUCCACAUUUUAUUUUUUAAUUUAUUUAUUUCCACUUUUAUUUCUUUCCACAUUUAUGUAUAUAUGUAUUUAUGUCCUCAUUUAUUUCCAUAAUUAUUUAUUUCUACAUUUAUUUAUGUCCAUAUAUAAUUAUUUCUACAUAUCUUUGUCUGUAUGCUGCAAAUGAGGAGGGUGCGUUUUACCUCAGAGUGGCAGUGCUGAAGCUUUGAGGCCACAGUGACACCUUGUGGUGUGACUAAAUUAAAUGCAAGCGGUUUGUUUGGACGUGCCUUUGCAAGAAGUUGCACAGGAAAUGAAUAACUUCGAGAUGGCCAAUAUAUUUAAAAUCUUUAUUGCAGACAUGGCCAAAAAAUGCCAGGUUGGGAGGCCUCAUUUAUAAAAUGCUGUGCAGAAACUGUCCCAAAUUUGAUCUUAUGAUCAUUUCUCAGUUGUGUGUAUUAUUUUUUGGGGGGGUCUUUUUAGUUUGUCAUACACUGCAAUUAUGGCAAGUAGUUACAAAUAAAGUCACUUUUAAAAUACUUUUAGAUUUAUGAUUGUGGUGGCAAAUAAAAUCAUAUCACUGCAUAAGAGACAAACAUGUGUUCUCCCAUCUUUAUAUCUCUUUCUAGUCUUCAAGGUUAAAGCCUUUACCCAACUGUAAUUUUCCUGUAAAUAAUAAUACAUGUAAUUAUCGCUGUAAAUUUCCACUCAUGCGCAG